AUGGUGAAAUCCGGCCUGAGCCGUCUGUUCUCGUCGCUAUCGGAGCAGUCUAUCGUCAAACUUUCUUCCGCUAGUUUCAUAUCGGAAUCAGUGACUCGCUUCGUAUGCGCCUCCGCUCAACAAUAUCAGUUUAAACAUGGAAAAAAGGCCGACGACGAAGAUCGGGAGGCUGUGAAAGGGAAUCUUGAACCUAAGAUUAAAGAAGAAGAAGCUGAAUGUGGAGAUGAAGAAGAUCACGUUAACAAAGAGACGGGAGAGGUUGGCGGGCUUAAAGGCCGGGAGCCCACUCUGUACCGUGAUUGGGAACGCAAUGGUCGCUGA